CAACCGAGUAGUAACUAGUGGGUUCUUGUACUUAAGGAAGCUACUGCAAUGAUAAAUAAGGUUGACAUCAUACUUUGCUUAAUCGCUUCAAGUAUCGCGUUUCCUCAACACGGCCACCACGACCAAGGGCACGAGCAUGUAGAGAACCACGACCACGGGUUCCACGUGGAGUACAAUGAGGACUACUACGACCCUCACCCCAAGUACAAGUUCGAGUACGGCGUCCACGACAGCCACACCGGCGACAUCAAGAGCCACAAGGAGGAGCGCGACGGAGAUGUGGUGCACGGCAGCUACGAGCUGGUGGAGGCGGACGGUUCCAAGCGCGUCGUCCACUACACAGCUGACCACCACACUGGCUUUAACGCCGUGGUCCACCGGGAACACAACGUACAUCCUCAACAUUACCGUCACCAUCAUGAGCACAUACCAGUAGUACAUCAUCAGAGUCAUCAUCAGGAGUACGCACCAGUUGUACAUCAUCAGGAGCAAGCACAAGCUGUACAUUAUCAGAGCCAUAAUCAGGAGCAAGCACAAGCUGUGCAUUAUCACAGCCAUAAUCAGGAGCACACACCCGUUGAACAUCAUCAGAGUCAUCAUCAGGAGCACGCACCAGUUCAAUAUCAUCAGAGUCAUCAUCAGGAGCACACACAAGCUGUACAUCAUCAGAGUCAUCAUCACAUGCAUGUACCAGAACGUCAUGGGCAUUUCUUUGGACACCAUUUUUAAAUCCGAUCUCCAUAAUAAACA